UAAGAGAAGGAGGAGACUGAGCAGGCGAAAGGAGUCAUGGCUUCUGAUGCUAGUCACGCGCUGGAAGCUGCCCUGGUGCAGAUGGAUGGGAUCAUUGCAGGCACUAAAACAGGUGCAGAUAUUAGUGAUGGUACCUGUGAGCCUGGACUGGCCUCCCUGGCCUCCUACAUGAACCCCUUCCCAGUGCUUCAUCUCAUCGAGGACUUGAGGCUGGCCCUGGAGAUGCUGGAGCAUCCUCAGGAGAGAGCAUCCCUCCUGAGCCAGAUCCCAGGCCCCACAGCUGCCUACAUAAAGGAAUGGUUCGAGGAGAGCUUGUCCCAGGUAAAUCACCACGGUGCUGCUAGUAAUGAAACGUACCAGGAACGCUUGGCACGCCUAGAAGGAGAUAAGGAGUCCCUCAUAUUACAGGUGAGUGUCCUCACAGACCAAGUGGAAGCCCAAGGAGAGAAAAUUCGGGACCUGGAAGUGUGUCUGGAAGGACACCAGGUGAAACUCAAUGCUGCUGAAGAGAUGCUUCAACAGGAGCUGCUGAGUCGUACAUCUCUUGAGACCCAGAAGCUCGAUCUGAUGACUGAAGUGUCUGAGCUGAAGCUCAAGCUGGUAGGCAUGGAGAAGGAGCAGAGAGAGCAGGAGGAGAAGCAGAGAAAGGCAGAGUCGGUUCUGAAUGUGAUCAGUGAGCUGCAGGAGCAGAUGUGUAGGCUGCAGCUGGACAUCCACAGGCAGAUUCAAGAGCGCUUCUUACUCACUAGGGACCACCCUGAGGAGGUGGCGGCUGGUGACGGUGUGGCCGAGCCCCAGCCCUGCAGCCAGGACUGUGCCUGUUGGGAGGGGUCACCUGAGUUACUGCAAGAGCUCAGGCACCUCAAAAUCAAGGUGGAAGAGUUGGAAAAUGAACGGAAUCAGUAUGAAUGGAAGCUGAAGGCCACUAAGGCUGAGGUAGCCCAGCUGCAAGAGCAGGUGGCCCUGAAGGAUGCAGAAAUCGAGCGUCUGCACAGCCAGCUCUCCCGGACUGCAGCUUUCCACAGUGACCAUGCGGAGAAAGACCAAGAAAUUCAACGUCUGAAAAUGGGGAUGGAAACUUUGCUUGUUGCCAAUGAAGAUAAGGACCGUCGGAUAGAGGAACUUACGGGGCUGUUAAACCAGUACCGAAAGGUGAAGGAGAUUGUGAUGGCCACUCAAGGGCCUUCAGAAAGAACUGUGUCAAUCAAUGAGGAAGAACUGGAGGGAAGUUUCAGAAAGUGGAACACUGCAAAUAAAGGCCCUGAAGACUUACUUAAACCAGAGAUGCCUCCAGGAUGUAGCUCUCCCACGGUGGGGCCACCUCCACUACCGCAGAAAUCACUGGAAACCAGGGCUCAGAAAAAGCUCUCCUGUAGUCUAGAAGACUUGAGAAGUGAAUCUGUGGAUAAGUGUGUCGAUGGGAACCAACUCUCUCCAGUGGUAGAACCCAAGGACAGUCCUUUCCUGCCAGGGCACAAAUACCCCACAUUACCUGGGAAACUUUCAGGAACCACGCCCAAUGGAGAGGCUGCCAAAUCUAUUUCCACUGCCUCCCCGUCUGACCCUGCAGGGAGCAGCCUGCUGAGACUGGAUCGUGGCCGGAGUGUCAGUGCCCCUGUAUUAGGAGACACAGAAAGUGGUUGGGACGACACUGCUGUGACCAAUGACCUCUCAUCCACGUCAUCCGGUACUGAGUCGAGCCCCCAGUCUCCCCUGACACCAGAUGGUAAACGGAGCCCCAAAGGCAUCAAGAAGUUCUGGGGAAAAAUCCGAAGAACUCAGUCAGGAAAUUUCAACACUGAUGCACCAGGGAUGGCAGAGUUUCGACGAGGUGGGCUCCGGGCAACCGCAGGGCCAAGACUCUCUAGGACCAGAGAUUCCAAGGGUCAGAAAAGUGACGCCAAUGCCCCCUUUGCCCAGUGGAGCACAGAGCGUGUGUGUACGUGGCUGGAGGACUUUGGCCUGGGUCAGUACGUGAUCUUUGCCAGGCAGUGGGUGACUUCUGGCCACACUUUACUGACAGCUACUCCUCAGGAUAUGGAAAAGGAGCUGGGAAUUAAGCACCCUCUUCACAGGAAGAAGCUGGUUUUAGCAGUGAAAGCCAUCAACACCAAGCAGGAGGAGAAGUCUGCUCUGCUAGACCACAUUUGGGUGACACGUUGGCUUGAUGAUAUUGGCUUACCCCAGUACAAAGAUCAAUUUCAUGAAUCCAGAGUUGAUGGGCGAAUGCUGCAAUACCUAACUGUGAAUGAUCUACUCUUCUUAAAAGUCACCAGCCAACUACAUCAUCUCAGCAUCAAAUGUGCCAUUCAUGUGCUGCAUGUCAACAAGUUCAACCCCCACUGCCUGCACCGGCGGCCAGCUGAUGAGAGUAACCUUUCUCCUUCAGAAGUUGUGCAGUGGUCCAACCACAGGGUGAUGGAGUGGUUGCGAUCUGUGGACCUGGCGGAGUAUGCGCCCAACCUUCGUGGGAGUGGCGUCCAUGGAGGUCUCAUUAUCCUGGAGCCACGCUUCACUGGGGACACCCUGGCUAUGCUCCUCAAUAUCCCACCACAAAAGACGCUCCUCAGGCGCCACCUAACCACCAAAUUCAAUGCCCUGAUUGGUCCUGAGGCUGAACAGGAAAAGCGCGAGAAAAUGACCUCCCCAGCUUACACACCACUGACCACCACAGCCAAAGUCCGGCCAAGGAAACUAGGAUUUUCACAUUUUGGAAACAUAAGAAAAAAGAAGUUUGAUGAAUCGACGGACUACAUUUGCCCGAUGGAGCCCGGUGACAGUACUGGUGACAGUCACAGGGUCUACAGUGGCUACCGGGGCCUCAGCCCCCUCGAUGCCCCUGAACUGGAUGGGCUGGACCAGAUGGCUCCUUCAGAAGGCACUGUGACGCAGAUAGGGCUCCUCUCCCAAGACAUUCACCGCCUCACGACCAUGCUGAGCCAGGACCAGCUGCUGAAUGACUCUUGCCUGGUUGCUCCCAACUCUGAGGACUGGAGAUGACUUUCUUCAUGGCCGAGAGCCCAGACAGGCACGUGUGGGGGCCUUUACUUCAAUGGGGAGCUGGCACACAGCCACCUGCGGAGCCCAGGCUGUGGCUGGCAGGGCAUCUGGGACGUGGGUGCUGACAGGAGUGAAGCCGGGCUGUGGAACAGACGUCCAGAGGAGGCCCCAGUGUCCCUAUGUGUUUUCAGCUGUGCUGUGCUCUUCACCACAGUACCUUUUGUACGUUCAUACGUGGACUGCAGACCACUCUUAUGGGGAGGGCAAUGAGAUGUCAGCACAGACUCAAUGCUCGUGCUGUUCCUGGUGACAGCUGCGAGGCUCUUAACACCAAAGGGAAAGGGCUGUUAGUUCAUAGAAACUCGGCUGGAAAAAGGGUCUGAGAAAAUGUUCUGAAUGUUCUGUAGUGACUGAGCUGGGUGAAAUGACACCAGGGAGCCCCUCCUGGGCUGCUUCCAUGCAGAAGCGUGGAUUUCCGAAGUUCACCAGGAACGUGGCUGGGGUGAGGGUAUUUAGGGUGAGGGCAGGGAAGGAGCAAUGAGACUCCUUUCACUGUCCUGGCUGCCCUCAGUCUACCCUCGUCUACAAAAGGUGUCUCAGGUUCUUCAGUGCUGUGGGCCUCCAGCGUCUGAGCAGAGGUGUCUCCAGCACACACACACUCAAGGCCCUCGCCCUCCACCCUAGCUAACACACGGAGCACGCACAGUCGGCAAAGCCAUCCCUACAUCAGCCUCAGAUGAUCAAACAGCUCCCCCCAGUGGAAGGCCCUUGGGCAACCCAAAUCAAUAUUUCCACUGUAACUCACCAUCUUCCAGGAAGCCU